CACACACGACACCCAUCGCCCGGUGUGACGCCGUCCUGUCUUUGUAUGUACACCAACAAGAAGUGACAAUGGUACGAAAAAACCGUUUGACGUAGGCUGUGUACGCAUGCACAUUGACACCACGCUGCAACCCACUUUUUUUCUUCUUUUUUCUUUUCCUUUUUCGUCUCAUCUCAUGCUAGUUUCUGAACUACCUAUAGCCAACGGAGCGGUGGGUGACUCACUUACCGCCUUGCGAAGCCACUUUUCCACGGGUGGACCGACAGCAUGGAUCGGUAGUGUGGACGUGUGUGGCAGCGGCGUAGGCAGCUACGUAGGGUUCACCAACUACAGGACGAUGGAUGGGGCUGACGGGAAGGAUUUCAGUCCUUGGUAAGGUAACCAAUGCUUGUUUUCUCAAGUAUGCCGUACCUGGUACUAGAAAAGCUUGUCCUGUCUGUCGUGUAUAUAAGAUCUGGGUUGGACGCCCCUUUUUUGUCCUCAGGUUGUCACCAGGCAGAAAAUCACACAGACACACACACACACACACAUACAUACACUUGCACAACUAUCAUCGCACCACUCAAAACGGCCAUCACCAUUUAUACAGUGACCACCACCAUAACCAUCACCAUCACAACCACAUCCACCACCGCUAUUCUCACCACCAACACCAUUCCCAACUUCACUUCCACAACCACCGCCAUGUCCUCCAACACUUUCAACUCCCCCCUCUACCCCCGCAACUACGCCACCCAAAUCAUGGCCGACCAAAAAGCCGCCCACGCCCAAGCCAAGCAGCAGCAGUCCCAGUCACAACAGUCCUCCUCCUCCGAUGACACAGCCUCCAUAGCCAGCACAACCACCGACAUCUCCUAUCUCAAGUCCCAAGCCAAGUCCUCCAAGAGCUCCUCAUCAGGCGGGAAGCCAGCAAGCAAAAGCCAAGUGAUGAAGAACCAGAUCAACAUGGGGUUUUGACUCCCUUUAACGGUGAGGAUAAUCGAAGGUUUAGGGUCAAUCUGCUAGCUGUCUCUUAUUAAAGGGGAGGUGGUUAGCUGGACAGGAGGUGGGAUACACCAACCAU